AAAACGAAACUAUUUUUCAAUACAUAUUCCAACUUUCAUUGAGUCUCAAGAUAUACUUUUUAAUUGUUUUUUUUUUUCAAGAAUUUACCUGUUGGAAGAACCCCACCAGAAGAAAACUCCAAAAAACAGAUUAAAGAUCCCAACUUUGAGUUUUUCUUUGAACAAUUUUAAGUUUUAGUGAAUCUCAAGAUGUAAUUUUUUUCAAGAAUUCAUCUUUUAGGAAAACCCCAUAAGAAGAGAACUCCAAAAACAGAUUCAAAAUCUCACCUUUUUUUAGAUCUUUUCAACAUUUUUCAGUUUAUAGAAAUCAUUGAAUAAGGAAGAGGGGAUUUAACAAAAAGUGGGGAAAAAAAUGUCAUUUGUUUUAGGGGUUGUGUUUGGAAUAGCAUUUGGACUUGCUAUAAUAGUUGCUUUUGUGAAAUCUGAAAAUGCUAGAUCCAAACAACGUACUGAUCUGGCUAGUGGAAUUGCUUCAUUUGCUAGAAUGACAGUGGAAGAUUCAAGAAAAAUCUUUACACCAGAACAAUACCCUUCUUGGGUUGUUUUCUCAAAUCAGCAAAAGUUGGCAUGGCUUAAUUCUCAUCUUGAAAAGAUCUGGCCGUAUGUGGAUGAGGCAGCAUCAGAACUAGUAAAGUCAAGUGUUGAGCCAAUUUUGGAACAAUAUAGGCCUGUGAUUUUGGCGUCUUUGAAAUUUUCAAAGUUCACUCUUGGUACAGUUGCUCCACAAUUUACAGGGAUUUCUAUUAUUGAAGAUGGAAGUGAGGGUAUUACUAUGGAAUUAGAGAUGCAAUGGGAUGGGAAUCCAAGCAUAAUACUCGAUAUCAUGACUUAUGUUGGUGUAGCAUUACCAGUGCAGGUGAAGAACAUCGCGUUUACUGGUAUUUUCAGGCUCAUCUUCAGGCCACUUGUUGAUGAGUUUCCUUGCUUUGGAGCUGUAUGUUAUUCUCUAAGGCAGAAGAAAAAGCUGGAUUUUACGCUUAAAGUAAUUGGUGGUGACAUGACAGCAAUUCCUGGCCUUUCUGAUGCAAUUGAGGGAACCAUCCGGGACGCUGUUGAAGACUCUAUCACGUGGCCAGUUCGGAAAGUUAUUCCCAUUUUACCUGGGGAUUAUAGUGACCUUGAACUGAAGCCUACCGGAGUAUUGGAGGUGAAACUUGUUCAAGCAAAGGAGUUAACAAAUAAAGACCUCAUUGGAAAAUCUGAUCCUUUCGCUGUAUUAUAUGUACGCCCUCUACGAGACAGAAUGAAGAAGAGCAAAAUAAUUAACAACGAUUUGAACCCAAUUUGGAAUGAGCAUUUUGAGUUUGUAGUCGAAGAUCCAUUGACACAACACUUGGUGGUAAAAAUCUAUGACGAUGAAGGGCUUCAGUCAGCUGAACUAAUUGGAUGUGCCCAUAUCUGUUUGAAUGAGCUUGAGCCUGGUAAAGUGAAGGAUAUCUGGUUGAAGUUGGUGAAAGAUUUGGAAAUUCAGAGAGAUCAGAAAAAUAGGGGCCAGGUGCACUUGGAGCUAUUGUACUGCCCGAAUGGCAUGAACAACGGGCUAAGUAACCCUUUUUCUCAGAAUGAGUCAAUGACUUCAUUAGAGAGAGUUCUUAAAAACUCGGCAGAAGGAAAAGAAGCUAGUCCAAACGGAAGUGAAAUCAACAAUAGAAGAGAGGUAAUAGUACGAGGGGUACUUUCUGUUACUGUGGUAUCAGCUGAUGAUCUGCCCCCAGCUGAUAUAGGGGGGAAGGCUGACCCCUACGUUGUUCUGAUCAUGAAGAAGGCUCAAAUCAAGAACAAAACCAGGGUUGUAAAUGAAAGUCUAAACCCGGUAUGGAAUCAAACUUUUGACUUUGUUGUUGAGGACGGAUUACAUGACAUGCUAAUGCUGGAAGUCUGGGACCAUGACACAUUCGGAAAGGAUUUCAUGGGAAGAUGCAUACUGACUUUAACAAGGGUUCUAAUGGAAGGUGAAUACAAAGACUCGUACGAAUUAGCCGAGGCUAAAUCAGGGAAACUGAACCUGCAUCUCAAAUGGAAUCCACAGCCAAUAUACAGAGACCACUAAUGAUGAACAUCAAACUUCAGUUUUACAUUCUUGUUAGUUUGUACAGGGAGUAACAUUUCUUUGAUUCCGUAAUAGACUGGGAACGACAACACGUAUAAUCGAAUAUUUCUGUACAUGAUUUAUUAUAAACAGAAGAGAGAUAUUGUAAAGCUGUGAAACUUUUGAAGAGAAGCUGAAGUUGAAGCUGGACAAGAAUAAAAAUUGAGUAAUUUUUCAAGUCGGAAGUUAUUAUGUACUACUAGCAACUCACUUUUUAGCCUUGGCUAUAUGACAAUUUUUCAUUUGUUGAA